AUGCGCAUCUGGACGAUGCCCGCGUUGCACGUAGGAGGAGGAAACCUCGUGUCACGUGUUAUUCCUGCGUCAGGGAUCAUUGACUGCCAGGAACGCUUGACGUUCUCUCAUCCUAUGUAUUUUGACUUGCAAGGUCUUUACGACAAGUCAGAUCAGCAAGACGUCCUCCAGAGAGGCGAUGAAGUCAUUCUGGGUAAUUUUUUUCAUGCAGAUUCCCAGGUAGCGACGAGUGGGAUGUUCAAUAACCUCUACCUGAGGAUGGUGGACACUGACGAGAUCCACAUCGACCCGGAUGAAACCGGCUGGAAGAUCCACCUGCACGACUCCACAGACUCGCCAGUGGUGGACAUCCGCACUUAUGGCUUCACCCUCUUCCCAGGCUGGAGCAAAGACGUCCGCAUUGACCUGCGCGAUUUCAAAACGCUGGACACGAAGCGGCGGCCUUGCAACGGAAGUCACGAGUACAGCGAGUCCAAGUGCAAAGCUGCAUGCUUCGUGAGGAAGGUGUUCGAGAGGGCCAAUUGCAGCCUCCCCUACAUGUCUGAAGUGAUACCAACGCCGACCUGCGAUACCAAAGAGAGCUACGCAGCCGCGACGAAGGCGGCGAAGAGGCUCCUCUUCUGGGGUGAAUGGAAUCCUCAGGAUUGCGACUGCCCCAGACAAUGUUACAACAGCUACUACGUCCCCUUCGGAGAGUCCGUGCACACCGGAGGGAACCAGUCCCGACUAAGGGUCUAUUAUCAGGACCUGACCUUCGACGACGUUGUGGAAGAGUACUCGUACACGGAGAUCCCGCUGCUAUGUGACAUCGGAGGGACGCUGGGCCUGCUGCUGGGGGCGUCCGUGCUCACCUUCGUGGAGAUCCUCGAGAUCCUAUGCGGUUAUGCGACUACGGUGCGACGAGUUCCUGUCAACCAGCCGGAGCAGCCGUUGUCCACCUUCAAAUAA